UAGUAGGUAGAUUCAAUCUUUGAUCUAGAUUUAAAACCAAUUAACCACUCGAAUGUCGCGCCUGUUCUUGGUAGGUGGUGAGAUUCUAUAGUAAAGGUUUUAUUUUAUACUAGAAUAAAUUACGAGAUAGUGGAGAAUAUGCUUAACACUAGAGAGUAGAGUUAUAUAGGCUCUAAUUAUUUCAUAAUUAAUUUGGACAAGUAGAGAGGAUAUAAUGGUAAUACACUCUCAUUGCCAAGCUGGGAUUGACGGCUUGUGACCUCUCUAUCUUACUAGUUAUAAACUAAAGCCAGUCAGGUGCCUCUUUAGCUCUUCCCCACCACUCCGAUUCAUCUUUAUCCUCUCUCUCAUCUCGUCCGUUGUUGCAUAAGUGCUAUGGAUCUCGCGUCGAAUCUUGGUGGGAAGAUCGAUAAAUCCGAUGUUCUCACCGCCGUCGAAAAGUAUGAGCAAUAUCAUGUCUUCCAUGGAGGAAACGAGGAAGAGAGAAAAGCCAAUUAUACUGACAUGGUUAAUAAGUACUAUGACCUUGCUACUAGCUUUUAUGAGUACGGAUGGGGAGAAUCCUUCCAUUUUGCACAAAGAUGGAAAGGAGAAUCGCUUCGAGAGAGUAUUAAGCGACACGAGCACUUUCUUGCUCUUCAGCUUGGCAUCCAACCAGGACAAAAGGUACUGGAUGUAGGAUGUGGAAUUGGUGGACCGUUGAGGGAAAUUGCAAGAUUCAGCAAUUCAGUUGUUACCGGGCUCAACAAUAACGAAUACCAGAUCACCAGAGGCAAGGAACUAAACCGACUUGCAGGUGUCGACAAGACAUGUAACUUUGUCAAGGCUGACUUCAUGAAGAUGCCAUUCCCGGAAAACAGUUUCGAUGCAGUUUAUGCAAUAGAAGCAACUUGCCAUGCACCUGAUGCGUAUGGAUGCUACAAAGAGAUCUACAGAGUGCUAAAGCCUGGGCAAUGUUUUGCUGCCUAUGAGUGGUGUAUGACUGAUGCAUUUGACCCUGAUAACGCCGAACAUCAGAAAAUAAAGGGAGAGAUAGAGAUUGGAGAUGGUCUUCCUGACAUUAGGCUGACUACAAAAUGCCUCGAAGCUCUGAAGCAGGCCGGUUUUGAAGUGAUAUGGGAAAAGGAUCUGGCCAAGGACUCGCCGGUCCCAUGGUACUUACCUCUUGACAAAAAUCAUUUCUCACUCAGUAGCUUCCGCCUUACAGCUGUUGGACGAUUCAUAACCAAAAACAUGGUCAAGAUCCUUGAAUACAUAAGACUUGCACCUCAAGGAAGCCAAAGGGUCUCAAAUUUCCUGGAGCAGGCUGCGGAAGGAUUAGUCGACGGUGGAAGGAGAGAGAUUUUCACGCCAAUGUAUUUCUUCUUGGCCCGGAAGCCAGAGUAAGCGGAUGAGAGAUGGCGAUGGUCAUCGUAGGUCGAAUGAAGUGACAAAAUUUCUCAAUUUGCAGUCUUAUUUUCUAUGUUUAUCGGAUUUGUUGCAGAGUUUCUUAUUCACCAACUAUAUUUUGGAUGUUCGUAACAUGUCACGUGUUGUUCAUGUGCACUCUGCCUGAAAUCUGAAUCAUGUGCACAUGCCCAAAAUAUCUUGGAAUCUUUCUUUCUCUUUAGAUCUCAAAAACCUUUUUCUUUUGUCGUUUUAUGCCAAGAUUCAAAAGUGGGGCCUCCUGAUUCCUGAUAUUUUGCUGACACCACCUCCUUUGUCCGCUCCUUUAAUGAUAAGGGAGAAUCUUUGUUUUUCCUCCAUGGUUUUUUGUUUUGUUUUUUAACACUACCUCUCCAUAGAUCUGAUUAUAAAAUUCUCUUGAAUUCAAUUCUCUGUCUUUGAUAAAGGAGAAACUAAUUUGUUGAUCGUGGAUUGAAUUAUGACAAGUCAGAGG